ACUGGCCAAAAUCAACAUGUAAAUUUCAAUUUUCACGUACGUCAAUGGCUUUUCCUACGAAUUCCGUACGUGAGCGGGUAAACAAACCUGCCGGCUUGCGGGGUGAGCGCAGAGAUGGAUCUGUGAUAUCGUAAAACUCCCAUUCCGUCCAUUUCCAUUCCACCCUUUGAACCGCUGGCCCGCCUUUGGACUUGCCGAAAUUCGGCAGAAACAAAAAAAAUACACAAAACCUUAAGUCAGUCACCGAAAUCCGACAUCCGAAAUCCGGUUCGGCGUCGAGGCUUCGGCCGCCGCCGCUGCCCGCCUGCGAAAGCUUCCCGAAGAGCUGGGGAGCUGGGAAUUGCGCUCAGUGUAAGCGCCGCUAAAGCUCCUGGUAUAUAAGCCAGGCGACCAGGCUAACUGCUCGCAAUCCAAGCUGUGCCUCCAUCGAUAGCGUUAGCCCGAAAAGGUCCGGAAAAGAACUACACGUCAAGAUGAAAGCUUCCCUAGCCAUCGUAUUCUGCGUGAUUGCCGGUCUGGCGGCCGCCGCUCCCGAGAAGCAGUACACCAACAAGUUCGACAACGUCAACGUGGACGAGGUGCUGGGCAACGACCGGGUCCUGAACAACUACCUCAAGUGCCUGAUGGAUAAGGGCCCGUGCACGCCCGAGGGCCGCGAACUGAAGCGCCUGCUGCCCGACGCCCUGCAAUCGGACUGCUCCAAGUGCACCCCCAUCCAGCGCCGCAACUCCGAGAAGGUGAUCAACUUCCUGCGCGCUCGCAGGGCCGGCGAGUGGAAUCUUCUGCUCGAGAAGUACGAUCCCAAGGGCAUCUACAGGUCCAAGCACGAGGCCGCGGCGAAGAAGCAGCACUAAGCACCAAGCACAUACCGCUCCAAGCACUCAUUCCACCAUGAACCUAAUUUAAAUCCGAGAUUCACAGUAAAGUUCAUCGUUUUUUAUACCUAAA